AGUAAUGAGUAGGUGACUGUCAGUUGCAUCGGAGUUCCGUGUGAUCGUCGAACGUUGUACGCACACGGUGAAUAAGUUUGACAAGUCCAAGGAAACGUUACGCAAUUUCCAAAAAGUUUCAUUUAAUUACAUGACUUGUGGUCUAUUUAACUUUAUUCGUAAUUAUCAAAGAUAAUCAUCAUGCGACAUUUAACAUUUGUAAUUCUUUUGUUGACUAUAUUAUUAUUAAAUUCACGCGAGAGUUUUGGCAGAAGAGGUCGUUCUAGAGCAAGAAGUAAGUCUCGUGUACAGAUAGGUCUACCUAUUACUGGAAAAUAUCGUGAUACCGAGAGUGAUCAGUAUUAUAAUAACGAUAAUGGAGCAAAAAUAUUGCUUGCAUCACAUUUUGAUUUUGAGUACGUAUUGGGACAUAAAAUAGCUUUCGUGUGUGUCGCACGUGGUAAACCGAGACCCCAUAUUACAUGGUUCAAAGAUGGAACUGAGAUUUACAGUCAUCUUUACCUACACGUACACGAAUGGCAAGUCGGUGCAGAUAAAGUAAAAUCUAAACUUGAGAUAGAUCCUGCUACUCAGAUGGAUGCGGGUGUUUAUGAAUGUACCGCCGAUAAUAUGUACAGCAUCGACCGGAGAUCAUUCAAGACUGAUUUCUCCAUUGCUUUUGAUUAAAAUUGAACGUAAUAUUCUAAUGAGGUAAAUCAUAGGUUGAUUUUUUAUUAGACGGAAAACAUUCCUAAACGAUUAACUAGAAACGCAGCAGAUAAAUCUAGCGUAUUAUAUAUGAAAACGUAAUAAAAUGAAAUAAAUAUAAUAACGAAAAAUAAAAAACAAUUUAAUCUAUACAAAUGAAACAUUCGAAUAACUUAAUAGAAAUAUUAUUUCGAUUUAUAGUAAAACAUAUAACUCACCUGCGUUCAUUCUUGACAAUUUCCAUAUAGUCAAAGCUCCGUGCA